UUUUGUUCAAACUCGGGAGUCAGACACCGCUGAGGUACAGUUCCAGGUUACUCGCUAAAUGUGAGCAAAAAAUGCUGAUCUCAAUAGCGGUGCUCCUGCCAGGGUUAGUCACACUGGUGCUUUUCACUUAAAGUACCAGGUUGGGAUACUAACUUCCCCUCGGUUUUGUGAAGUCUAAAGCAGGGGCAGCAGGGUAUUGCGAAUGAAGCAGCUGGAGCUCUGAAAGCGGUGGAGGAUUUUCCUUUAACCACAUCUUUGUGUUGGAGAACGAUUGCUGUCAUGUACACUUACUAGACAUUUAAUAUUCCUUUACAUAAAGGAAGAAAAUAAGCUUAUGCUUCCCAUCACCCUCCUCGCUGGAUAUCUAUGGAGAGGAUUUGCUGUAUGCGCUCACGCAGCUUUUGGAGUUACUUACGGUCGAGACGACACCGUGAAUGUUAAAUUCACCGACCUGGAUAGAAGAAGACGACACACUUAACCUGAUUUGAAUGCCUUUGCAAGGAGUUUGCUGGUUUCUGUGCUGCAGGCAGGGCUUCAGUUUGCUCGGACGGGACUAUGGGGAGAAAGAGGAGGAAGAAUCUUUUGAAUUGCGCAACAAGGAGGACUUGACUCCCAAUGGACGGACUCCAGCUGAGGUGAUUGUUUCUCAGCCAUCUUGCACAGCCAAUGGAACAAAUGGCCACACUGUCUCGGAGUCUUCUGAAGAGAUGAAAAGCCUGAUCAUUGACAAGAAUAAGAUGGGACAGGAGGAAGAACCUGAACUCUUGGUAAAAGGUUGGUUGUUACGGGAGGUGCGUGGCAACUGGAUCAAGCAGCGUCGAUACUGGUUUGUACUGACCCAAGACUCUCUUGACUACUACACCGGACCGGAGAAAGGUGCCCGGAGACUAGGCACAUUGGUCCUCACAAACCUCUGCUCUGUCAUCUGGCCAGACAAGCAGACAUACAAGGAGACAGGUUACUGGAGCAUUACAGUUUAUGGUCGGAAACAUUGCUAUAGGCUGUACACCAAGCACUUCAAUGAGGCUGUGCACUGGGCUUGUGCCAUCCAGAAGAUCAUUGAUAGUAAAUCACCCGUGGAAACGCCAACACAGCUCCUGAUUCGAGACAUUGAGGAGAAUAAGUUCAACCCUGAGGUAGUGGAACACAUCUACCAGCACAACCCCAUCCUGAAGUACACCCAGGGACCCUUAUAUGCUCCUCUGCUGCCUUUCCCUUAUGGCAGUCUGGACCACACAUACCACAGUGGGAAAGGCUACGGCUCGGUGCGUGAGGAGGCCGUGAAGCUGUUCAACUGCCUGCAGCAGCUGGAAUCCGCAAGGGAGCCGGUUCCAAUCAUCCAGGGUGUGCUACAGACCUGCCUGGACCUGCGGCCUCUCCGCGAUGAGGUCUACUGCCAGCUAGUGAAGCAGACCAGCUACACGCCUUCCCCAAACACUGCCGCGCAUCUCCGUUACUGGCAGCUUCUCACCUGCAUGAGCUGCACUUUCCUUCCUGGGCCAAUUGUGCUCAAAUACCUGCGAUUCCACCUCAAAAGAAUCCAGAGCCAAAGUCCUGAGUCUGAAAUGGAUAACUAUGCGUCAUUCAUCAGUGAGGCUCUGGAGAAGACAAAGUGUCGGGAGUGCGUGCCAUCUUGGGAGGAGAUCCAGAUGCUGAUGAACCGACAGGAGAUGCUGUGCACCGUGCACUAUCCGGGCCCUGGAUCCUGCCAGCUCUACAUCAGCUCACACACUACUGCCAAUGAGGUGGUUCGAAGGAUGCAAGAGAAGCUCGGCCUACAAGAGAGCAAAAAUACAUUUGCACUAUACGAGCAGAAUGCACUGUGGGAGCAGCCAGUCACAGGAAGCGCUCUGGUCGCAGACAUCCUAACCAGCUUCUCUACUAAAGAGUCGGAGUCUAAAUCCCAGUGGAAACUGUGUUUCAAGCUCUACUGCCUGUUGGAUGCAGACAGCAUAUCAGUGGACAGCAUAGAGUAUUUAUUCCUCUUUGAGCAGUGCCAUGAGAUGGUCGUGCGUGGUCAGCUACCAGCCUGUGAAGAGGACCUGCAGGCAUUAGCUGCCCUGAGGCUUCAGAGCCUAAUGGGUGACUUCAGCACACAUGCCCCCUGCCCGCCUCUGGAUGAGCUUUUUCCAGGUCAUAUGCUCGAAACUCGGGUUCUCAUGUCACUUUCUGCACCGCAAGAUGUGCCUCCUUGUCAGGUAGCUGCUCAGGGCUGUCCUACGACGCAGCGCUUCCACACAGGACUCCUUGCAGGGACUCUGUGGAGCCACACAGCUACAGCGGUGCACAAGCAAAAGGUCGAGCAGGACAUGCGUCUGCGGACCCGCCUGAAGGAGGAGGCAGCGGCUGUCAUGACGUCCAUCUUGGAGCGUUGGAAAGGUUUGGCCGGCUACAGCCGCAGGGACAGUAUGGCCGCCUACCUCACAAUUGCACGCCAGUGGUCCGGCUUUGGAUGCACUCUUUAUGAAGUGGACUUUUACAUUAGUUCAACGGGGAGUUUUUCCCAGAAGUUAUGGCUGGGUGUAGCUGCUACAUCUGUAUCCUUGUAUAAGCAGGGAGAAUCGGAGGCCCUGGAGUCCUUUCCUUAUGGCCAGAUCUGUUCUUAUGGUGUAUCUGACAGCAACACCUUCAAGAUCACAGCUGGGGGCCGGGAUCUGCUCUUUGAAACCACCAAGCUGACUGAGAUCAUGCAGCUGAUGAAUGCUUAUUUCAGUGCCAUCCAUCGCCAACGAGGAAAAGGGGAAGAUGCAGACAUCACCAUAGCAGACAGCACAGAGGUGGGCUUCCGUCACCUCCGAUCAGCGCCGACACCCACACUCCUAGAGCUGCCCUCGCACCCUGUUUGAGAGGGACCCAUACCCGGACACUUACUCCCCAACCCCUCAGCCAACUCCUCCGUGUGGCCCCCUGUAAGGCCCAGGCCCAGGCCUCAAGACACUGUGCCUCCUCCGCUGGGAAUGGCACAGCAGCCAAAACAAAGAGAGAGCUGUUUUCAUUCCCCAUCUUUGAAAAUAAACCCUCGCUGAGCUUUCCAGCUGAAGGAGCUGGCCAAUGUAGGAGAGAGGGGGGUUCGGGAGAGGAUGAGAAGGCAAGGGUUUCUGUUUUGCAAGUGAAGCCAGAAACCCACAGAAACCAAUACGGCUGCUGAUGAGGUGUCAAACACCCUCCCCCCACCCAGUCCUGUCACGCAAUCUACUAGGUUACCCUAAAUGGCAGUAUCUCCCACUCCUCCCUCACCCCACCCUUCAAGACAAUGUGAGUAGUUAGGGAAACACAGCAGCUGAGAGCUGAGACUUAGGGCAACAAUAAGCUGUGGUACUCCCCUCAUAAAGGUAUGGCUUAGAGUAAAGACACUACUUUGUCCUCUUUCUUUCAUAAAGAGUGCCAUAUGUGCGCUGCCUUUUGGAGAAGGCAGCGAUCCCUCACGCACUGCUGGCAUAGUGCUGAGAAUAUUCAGUGACACAGACAUCUCCCCUGUCUUUGCUGCUCUCCGUCUCUGCCACACACAUAGAAACCCGCUCACUCUCACAUCCCUUUAUGCUGAAAUGUUCAUCAGAGACAUUCAGUUUUCACAAGGUCCCGGCUGAGCUUGCAUUACCUAGAACUGUUGAUGCAGUGAGCCAUGUGAACUUGGAACUGGAAACAGAUGUUGAACUCUAUAGUUGAGUCAUGUCGGCCGCCACUGCUAUAAAACCCCUUAUCUAUGUGCGCUAUUUGACCGAGAAAUCAGAAAAGCUGUGUCAUUUUCUUCAUGACACAUUCAGGAUCCGGAUAAACUGUUUCUUUUUUCACAGAAACCAAAGGAUUUUGGAGUCCUUUCUACAGUGUCUCUACCAAAUGCUCUGAUUCGUCCUUUGUUGUGCUGCUUGUCUUGACUUUAAUCCUUGACCUGAAAUUUGGUUAACACUUGACUGAUUAGGUAAUUUUGCUUAUGUUGACAAAUAUCCUAAUGCAGCUGUAGUCUGCUGAAAAAAUAGGUGCUUUUAUGUUAUACAUAUAAAUAUAAAAAUCUCAGUCCCAGUCAGCAAUGUGGAUCAUCGAACAGUGCCCCUACUUUAAAGAAACACUUUUCUAAUCAGGCUACAGGUGCUGUCGUAGUAUUAUUUAUGCCAACUUUGCAUUUUGUUUUAACUCUCCUUUUAUGUCUUAAUUUCAGACCCAUGCAUAUAUUCAUUUGAAGUUUGCUUUAACUGAUCAGAGCCAUAGAUGCUCCCUAAAGCAGCUCUUAUGUGUAAAUCUCAUGUAGCUCCUCCUUUGUGUUCACUGGUAAUUCUGAAGCCAAAGUUUCACCAAGUCGUGGGUUUGAGCACGGACCAAAGAUGUGCGUAUUUUAAUAAGCUUUUACAAGAAGAAAUUAACCAAAUGCGGACAGAUUCCCUAAUUUAUAUGCAACUAUUUCCACUUGUAUUAACAUUUUCCUGCUGUACACUUCUUUUUAGUGUAGUAUUUACAAUGUAGGAAUUUAAGACAGUAGAUGCUUUGUAAAGAUAAUAGUCCAGUACUGUCUGCUACACUGCCCCAUGCAAUAUAACCAGCCUAAUUUUCAUUUUUUUCUCACCAUGGAAGGCCUUGACAAGUCAUUGCACAGUCUGCCCUGUAUCCUGCUCAGAAGCAGGUCUUUGCUUUUUCUACUGCAGCUGCAGGCAGCUCCAAGCUACAUGUAUGAAAAGGAAAGACGAAAAAGAAAAAUCAAACUACACGUUUUUGCUUUGUAUUAAGCUUGUUUGUAUGUUGCAUGGUACCUUUCUAUUUGUGUAUAGUUAAUUGCACUAUUGUUUGUUUUGAAACUAACUUGAGAGUGCAAUAAAAAAAACUAUAAAUACUGUAUGGAAUUAAUAAAAAAAAAUAAAUUUUA